CAAAAACAACCCUCCUCCGCGACAGACAGUGCCAACAGCCCAAGAAACAAGAGCAACAACAAGAACCACCCACCAUGCCGUGCCAUCUUGCUACCAAUCGUCGAACCACAACCACCCCAAGGACGAGAAGGCGUCCGCAGCGGCUCCCACCGCCCCGGAGGCUCGCGGCCGGAACGCUGCUCGCUGCCGCGGCGAUCGCGGCGUCGCCCCUGGUGCGGGUCUCCCACUCGCUCCUGCUGCCGGCCGAGACGGCCCGGACGCGGGCGGCGGCGGUCGAGAAAGCCACGCCCCUGUCGGCCUCCGCCCCAGGCAGGGGCGCAAGCGGAAAUGCCCCUCGCGACGAAACCCUGGAGCUCCUCCGGGAGGUCCCCUUUGUUCCCGAGGAGGUCCUCGCGGGGUUCCUCUCGUCCGUCGGCGAGACCAUGACCGCCGCCAACCUCCGGGCGGGGUACGAGGCGGGGGCCGUCGGAGCCGAAGAGCUCGACGCAAUCGCGGCCAGGAUGCCCGGCCUGGCCGUUCGCGGAAGCGAGCCGCUYUCGGUGAUGUCGGUCGAGCGCCUGGCGCAGAGCUGGAGCGACGCUCUCGCGGGCCAGCCCUGGCACGUCCGGAACCUCGGGAACCUCGCCGGGCCGGCGGUGGUGGGGCUGGUCGCCAAGCUCCAGGAACGGGCCGUCUCCCGGGCCAACGCCAUGGCGUGGGUCAACCGGGAGGYCCUGGCCCUGGUGCGGGCCAACGCCACGGUGGUGGAGCUCCUGUCGGCGGACGGCGGCGCCGGGACGGCCGGGCUGAGGCUGAACAACACGCGGGCGAGGUUCGAACCCGACCGGGGGGUCUGGAGCGCCUCGAUGGACGUCUUUGACGAGAACGGGAUCCUUGCGACCACCGCAAGCGGGAGCGACGACGAGGAAAGCCGGCCGCCCUCCGAUGCCGAGGCCGCCCUGGAGGCGCUGCUGGCGGAGGACGCGGCCGGCGGCGACCUCUCGUCCUUCCGGGGGACCGUCGGGGUGGUGCCGGGCCCGGAAACGGAAGCCCUUGCACCCGCCCGCGGAAGCCCGGUGGGGCUGGUCAACGCCUACUUUGUUCCCGGGGAGGAGAUCCGGAUACUGGUCGUCGAGAUCGACGGAGUCUUGCACAACGUGACCUGGAAGGGCCUCGACCGGUAAAACGAUMGAACGAAACCAUCAAACAGGAAAAACKCACMGCCUCUACAAACAGAAAUUUCGUUCGAACGAACGGAAGUGGUUGGAAUGAAACCAWAACCAAACC